ACGGUGACAGUGGGGGUGAUGCGCGGGGCGGGAGGUGGCGGAGGGGGGGGAGGCGAUGGAGGCGGGGAGGGAGGGGGGAAAGGCGGAGGCGAAGGAGGAGGGGGGGAUGGAGGGGGAGGUGAAGGGGGGGGCGAUGGAGGGGGAGGAGAAGGCGGAGGUGGGGAAGGAGGGGGAGGGGAAGGCGGAGGUGGGGAAGGAGGGGGGGGGAAGGCGGAGGUGGGGAAGGAGGGGGGGGGAAGGGGGAGGGGGAGAAGGAGGAGGGGAAGGAGGGGGUGGCGAGGGGGGAGGUGGGGAAGGAGGCGGGGAGGGUGGUGGGGGAGGACUUGGGCCCUUGCGUGAGUGUGACGGCGGCGGAAUCCCACCAUGCA